AUGCCCGCUAUCUUGCAACACAAGACAUUACAAGCCACUCUUCAUGGGCAUGAGUCUAGCAAAACCUGGCAAUUCAGAGGCUUGCAGUAUGGGAGCAUUCCUGCGAGAUUUGCUAGUCCUGAGCCCCCAGCCGCGAUUUCAGGAGAUGUUGAUUGUACCGCAUUUGGACCGCGCUGUCCGCAGAAUUACAUUGACUUUAGGCACCUGUUGCGUAUCCCACCUAGUCUUGUAAUUCCUGAACAACGAGAAGACGAAUUCGCCUGUCUGAAUCUCGACAUCACGCUGCCCGCGAGCCCAGAUAUCACAGACCCGGGACCUCUGCCAGUAUUGAUGUGGAUACACGGUGGCUCUCAAGCUGUCUCAUUCGGAACUGCUUCAACCAAGCUAUGUGAUCCUACAAAGCUUGUGGAAGAAUCAAUCUCUAUCGGAAAGCCCAUCAUAGUGGUGACAAUCAACUACCGCCUGAACAUAUUUGCAUUUGGCGAUACCGAAAGCGAGCCAAAUUUAGCACUGCGAGACCAGAAGAGGGCUUUUGAAUACAUUGCCUCACAUAUAGGCGGCUUCGGGGGCGAUCCUGCCAAGAUAACAGUCGCUGGAGAAAGCGCGGGUGCGGUGUAUUGCCACGCGCACAUGGCAAUGGGUCUUCUAGCUCGCCAGUAUAUUUUGCAAUCAGGUUCUCUCCAUCUGUCGCCACCGCAACCACGGUCAGCUGCCGUCACACUGAUUCGAAAGGUAGAGAACGCGGUGUCGGAUCUUGGAGGGUGGAACUUGCGCACUGCACCAGUUGAUCGACUGCUCGAAGCAUUAAAGCAAUGUAACUUGGUUUCAUUCUACCUUCAACAGGAAAGCCAGCUUGAGGGCUGGGGAGAGAGCGUCGGUUCUGCGGAACGACUCCUGAUCGGCGAUAACGAAUAUGAGUCUAAUUUAUGGCGAAACGGGAUCGAAGAACUGCCCGCAGACAGGAUUUGGUCCAUAUUUGAACUGGCUGGAGACAAAAGCCAACAGCUCCGAGAUGCUUACGGCAUAACGGCUGACCGGCCAACUCAGAACCGAAUUGGAGCAUUAGACUUUCUAAACGAUGCUAGAUUUGUACUUCCCGUGGAAAAGAUGGUCGAAGAGUGGCGGCGGGCCAACCGGCCGGUUUUCCGAUUCCUUGUUGACCAGCCAAAUCCAUGGCAGACAUCGAGCCGAGCGCACCACGGCGUUGAUCUACUGUAUUUGUUUGGCGGUUUCGACUUAUCCUUCGAUCCUGCGGCUCAGAACAUUUCGUUCUCUAUGCAUCAUAAAUGGAUCCAGUUCAUAAACGGGGAUAAUCCUUGGAACCCCGAGCAAUAUUGGGCGUUUGGGCCGGUUGGGCUUAGCAAGGCUAUUGAUGUUCAGGAGUUCAAGGCUAGAAGAAGAGCUCGUCACUUGGCUCUAUUGCGAGAGAUUGGGCACGAUGGUUUUAACCCUGUAUUUGGGAAUCUCGCGGCUGGGCGGAUAAGCCUUUUGAAUUGA